GCACCAGAGAAUGAUAAUCCUAAUCAAAAGAUGCUCUACGUUUUUGUUCUAGUUAGCUGCAACGGUUGAGGAUGACACCUCAAAAUAACAGAUCGUACGUUAACUUUCAACUUUCAAGAGUAACACAACAUUCGUUGACAUCAAACAACAUGUAACCUUUACAACGUACUUCAAAUGAAAAUUCAACCAAACAAACAUGCUUUCACUGUCUCAUCAGAUUGUCUUUCCCACCACCCAAAGGUUAAAGUUCAAACCCAUUGUUGCUCUUCUUCACUCUCCCUCUUCGUGUUCCAUUGCAGACCCCACCAACCUUGCCACCCUCCUACAAGGCAACAUUCCACGUUCUCACCUUCUCCAAAUCCAUGCACGCAUUUUCUAUCUUGGCGCACACCAAGACAACCUCAUAGCCACGCGCCUCAUUGGGCACUACCCAUCACGCGUUGCUCUUCGCGUCUUUCACCAUCUCCAAAACCCAAACAUCUUCCCUUUCAACGCCAUCAUCAGAGUCCUCGCCCAAGAUGGUCACUUUUUUCACGCUCUUUCCGUGUUCAACUAUUUGAAACGACGUUCACUUUCGCCCAACGACUUAACCUUCUCUUUCCUCUUUAAGCCGUGCUUUCGGACCAAAGAUGUCCGUUACGUCGAACAGAUUCAUGCCCACAUUCAGAAGAUAGGUUUCCUCUCUGACUCUUUUGUCUGUAAUGGCUUGGUCUCUGUGUAUGCCAAAGGCUUUAACAGUUUGGUAUCUGCCCGUAAAGUGUUUGAUGAAAUUCCUGACAAAAUGCUAGUCAGCUGCUGGACUAACUUGAUCACUGGUUUUGCUCAGUCUGGUCAAAGUGAGGAGGUUUUGCAGCUUUUCCAAGUGAUGGUUAGGCAGAACUUGCUUCCCCAGAGUGAUACUAUGGUCAGUGUUUUAUCCGCUUGUUCUAGCCUUGAGAUGCCAAAAAUUGAGAAAUGGGUUAACGUUUUUUCAGAAUUGGUUGGUGAUGGAGUGAGUACUAGAGAAACUUGCCAUGAUUCGGUUAACACGGUGCUGGUUUAUUUGUUUGGUAAAUGGGGAAGAAUUGAGAAGAGUAGAGAAAAUUUUGACCGAAUUUCUACGACCGGAAAAAGAAAUGUGGUUCCUUGGAAUGCUAUGAUUAAUGCAUAUGUUCAAAAUGGUUGUCCUGUGGAGGGAUUAAAUCUUUUCCGCAUGAUGGUAGAAGAAGAAACCACUAGACCAAACCAUAUCACAAUGGUUAGUGUGCUUUCAGCCUGUGCUCAAAUUGGUGAUUUGAGUUUUGGUAGUUGGGUUCACGGGUAUCUAAUAUCUCUAGGACACAGACACACUAUUGGAUCAAACCAAAUUCUUGCCACAUCUUUAAUUGACAUGUAUUCUAAAUGUGGCAAUUUGGAUAAGGCAAAGAAAGUUUUUGAGCAUACAGUCUCCAAAGAUGUUGUAUUAUUCAAUGCAAUGAUCAUGGGUCUUGCAGUAUACGGUAAAGGAGAGGAUGCAUUGAGACUCUUCUACAAAAUACCAGAAUUUGGCUUACAACCCAAUGCUGGAACAUUUCUUGGUGCUUUAAGUGCAUGCAGUCACUCUGGGUUGUUGGUGAGAGGACGCCAGAUAUUCAGAGAACUGACCCUUUCCACUACUCUUACAUUGGAACAUUGUGCUUGUUAUAUUGAUCUCCUUGCAAGAGUAGGAUGCAUAGAAGAAGCUAUUGAGGUUGUGACUUCUAUGCCUUUCAAGCCUAACAAUUUUGUCUGGGGUGCUUUGCUUGGAGGCUGCUUGCUCCAUUCUAGAGUUGAGUUGGCCCAAGAGGUUUCCAGGAGGCUUGUUGAAGUAGACCCAGAUAAUUCUGCAGGCUAUGUUAUGUUGGCUAAUGCACUUGCAUCUGAUAAUCAAUGGAGUGAUGUCUCGGGGCUGCGGCUGGAAAUGAAAGAGAAGGGGGUCAAGAAGCAACCAGGAAGUAGUUGGAUUAUUGUGGAUGGAGCUGUACAUGAAUUUCUUGUUGGUUGUUUGUCACAUCCUGAAAUUGAGGGCAUAUAUCAUACAUUGGCUGGAUUGGUGAAGAAUAUGAAAGUAGCAAGCCAUUUUAACCUUGUGUGCUGUUGUUAGAUGAACUGUGAUUGCAGGAACAGGAAAUUGUGCCUGUUAUUUUUUUGUCAAAGCUUGCAAGGUUGGCUAUCUGUGCAAGGAUUUAAUUGUUGGGAGUUAGACUUCAAUGAUUUUUUAGUCUUUGACCAUGUAUCUGCAUGAGAACAAUUGUGAGAUUAAUCCCCUGGGUUGUUGGGGAUUGUGAAUAGUAAUUAGGUAGCGUCUUCUAGCAUGUAAAGUUCAUUUUAAGUAAAUCAAGCUAUCAAAUAAAAUCACAACUAGCAAAAUGAA